AUGGGUGUUCAAUGUGAAUUUCCACAAAAGCUGAACAAUGUUUUACUUUAUGGUGAAUUAUCAGAAAAAAUUCAUCUUCCUCAACUCUAUCGUCUUUAUCUGCCAUCGGACAUGGAAGUUGAUAUUCGAGAAUUUUUUAUUGAAUUAUCAAGAAUAUUCAAUUGUCAAGCUGAAGAAAUUGAUGUUCAUUCAGCAGCUGCCGUCACCUCCCAGGACGAACAAUCCGACAUUGAACCAGCACGAUUAAGUCUUGAAAGUGAAAGUAAUGAUGAAAAUCUGAAAAUGGAUGAAAUAAUUCCUCGUCCAACACCAGAUCAAAUUCUAUCAAAAAGUACAAUACCAUUUACAUUAGAUACACAAAAUUCAGAACAUCAUGAAAAUCAUUCAUCGCCUAGAAUAUCAAAUAAACGAAAUUAUAAAUUAAUUUCAUGUUCAUCUCGACAAGUUUAUCGAACAAUAUCUGAAUCAAAUCAAUAUCCAAAUACAAAUCAAACAAAUGAACAAUUUACACAAUUGACACUUUCACAAUUAGAACUUUUAGAAAAUAAUGAUCCAAUGAUAAGUAAUAAAAUUGGUGUUCCUUUUAUUCUUCGUCAAAUGUUAACAAGAUCACGUGAUGCUCAACAAUCAACUAAACGUUUACUUCAGCAAAUUCAGCGAGAUUAUCCAAAAAUACGUAUUGAAAGACAAACAAUAUUUGAAAAAGCAGAAAAUGAAUCCUCAAUUGAACAAAAAAUGCAAAUUAAAUCAUUAGAAAAUCCAAAUCGUUUAACUAUUCCACUUUAUUUACCAUUGGAACAACAUUCGCUUGUUAAACAUACUAAUUCAACAAGAACAUUAUCAAAAAAACAUCCAAGUCAAUUAGAUGAUAUUUAUAUUUUAGAACAUUCAACAGAACAACAACGAAAUCUUUUUCAUCAUAUUCCAAAUGUUCAAUCUAUAAACGAAGAUGAUUUACCUAGAGUAGCAUCAUUAAAAAUAUUCGAUUUGCACAUAUUGACACAAUGUGAUAUUCAUUCACUUGGUCUUAUUCUUCAUUGUAUGCCUAAUCUUCGAGAAUUUAGUUUUACAUUUAUCGUUGAACAUCUUCAUACACUAUUUAUUGAUGUCUUACUCAAUGGAAAUAACUGGCAACAAAUAUUGACAAGUCAUCUAUCACAUUUGACCAAAUUCGAUAUUCAUAUGUCUUUUUUAACACAUGAUGGACUAGUCAAUUCCAAAUUGAUUCUUGAUUCAUUUCGAUGUUUUUGCACACAAUAUGAUGGUUGGCAUAUGGCUAUUAGUCGAUGGAAAACUUUUCAAGAUUUUACACUCUUUUUUACGCGUUCUCAUACGGAUCAAUAUGUCGAAAGUCUUUCAUCUCUUAUUGAUUUGUCGACUAUCAUUACCUUAAAAUUUAAAGAAAACAACGAUUUAAGACGAUCACAUGUUGCACCACAUAUUAUACGCCCAAAACUUAUCCAAUUUGAAUUAAAAUAUAUUGAAUUAUUAUUGAAAUUUGCAUUGAAUGAAUCUGAAUGA